AUGGCUGAUCAAAGAAACAAAAAUCCACCUCAACAAAUCAGGAAGCAAACUAUGCUUGAGAAGUGAAACCCAGCUAGGAUUUUGAAGCAAACCAACUUCAACAUCAAUCUUCAAGAGGGAGUAGUCUUCAAUUAUGAUAAUGCUUUAAUGAAUUCUCUUCUUACAUUUUAUGGUUUAUCUAAUGAUGACCCUCUUAACUUUUUAGAUGAGUUUCAUAUCAUAUGUUCUGCUCAAAAUAUUCCUAGACCUACAACUGAAAAUUUAAAGAUGAAGAAAGUGUGAAUCGGAACAAUCUGCCCUAAGUUAAUUGAAGGUCCUCUUGAUUGAAAGGCUUGUGGAGGUAUGGGGAUCAGAUGAUCUUUGUGCAAUGGUCAUACAUAUACAACCAACCAUAUGAUGUAUCUACUGACUUGCAAAUGCAUGGGGGUUAAGCACAGAGCAACAACCUCUUAAGGAGUACUUUCCAUCUAGUGUGCCGUAUUUAUAUUCAAGAACAAAAUGAAAAGCUAAAGAAUGGUAUAAAAGUCUAGGAGUUGUUUUUGAUGAGUGGAUUGAACUUGAGAAUAGAUUUUUACAGAAAUUUUAUUCUUGGAAAGACAUCUAGAAGAGAAAUUCAAAAAUUCAGCCAAAUGUAUUAUGAAUCACUUAGUGAAGGUUGGGAAAGAUUCAAAACUUUGAUAAGGAAAUGUCCUCAUCACAGAAUUGAACUUUCUCAACUAGCUCAGAUUUUCUAUGAUGGUCUAACAGAUGCUCUAAGGAGUAGAGUUGAUUUGGCUGCAGAAGGAUCUUUCUAUCAUGCUUAUGGGGAUGAAGUUUAUGCUCUAAUGGAGAAAAUUACAGAAAUUGAUAUGCAACAUGCAGGUCUAAGGCAAAAUGGGAGAACUAUGAACCAAAGGCAAGGAGGAAUUCUGAAUGUUGCAGGAAGAGAGGAUGAAGUGGAGAGAGAUCAGACUAAUCAUAGCUUGAGAGAGACAAAUAAGAAAUUAGAUGAAUUGACUUCAGAUUUGAACAAGGUACUUAAUUCUAACUCUCCUCUCAUUAAAGCUAUUAUUUGUUCUCUUUGUCAUAGCAAAGAUCAUGAAGAUGGAUCUUGUAAAGAAGAAGAAGAGGUGAAUGCUAUGGGGUACAACCAAGGGCAAUGGAGUGGGCAAGGAGACCAAGCAAGUUCAAGCUACAACUAUGGCCCCAAGGCUCAAUUUAAGCGAAGGACAAAUUAUUACCCUCCACAACCUCAACAAUAA